AUGAUGGGAGACAUCGCUAAGAGAUGGCAGGAACUGAGCGGCAAAAGCAAAUGGAAAGACCUGCUUGAUCCUCUCGACUUGGAUCUACGCCGUUACAUCCUACACUAUGGCGACAUGGCUGAGGUCGGGUACGUUGCCUUUAACAGUGACCGCCGAUCCAAAUACGUAGGAGACAGCUGCUACACCAAGGAAGAGCUCUUUGCUCGAACCGGCUACCUCAAAGCCAACCCUUUCCGGUACGAGGUGACCAAGUACAUAUACGGAACGUCGUCAAUAAGGCUACCGGAAUGUUUUAUAGUCAACUCAUUGUCGAGAGAAGCAUGGAACAAAGAGUCAAACUGGUUGGGUUACAUCGCGGUGGCUACAGACGAAGGCAAACAGUUGCUAGGGAGGAGAGACAUCGUUGUAGCUUGGCGAGGAACCAUUCAGCUCUACGAAUGGGCUAACGAUUUCGACUUCCCACUCGAAUCAGCUAUCUCUGUCUUCCCUAAAACCGACCCGAAUGACCCGAACGACCCGCCUCGCAUUGCCAAUGGCUGGCUCUCUCUUUACACAACCGCUGAUCCACGGUCACGUUUCGACAAGACCAGUGCACGAGAACAGGUUCAAGGAGAGCUCAAAAGGCUACUAGAAUUGUACAAAGACGAAGAAGUAACCAUCACGUUAACAGGGCAUAGCUUGGGAGCAGUUCUAUCGAUUCUCUCAGCAACAGACUUUCUCCACAACGAAUGGCCAAAGACGGCAACAAGUCUUCAAGCAAGGCUUUACUGCGUCACGGUAUUCGCCUUCGGGAGUCCAAGAAUCGGCGACCUCAGCUUCAAAAGACUCGUCGAGUCUUUGAAACAACUCAACAUCUUGAGAAUCGCAAACGUCCCGGAUCUCAUCCCGCGUUACCCGGUGUUCCGGUUCUCGGAUAUAGGGGAAGAGCUUCAGAUCAACACGCUGAAAUCAGAGUAUCUGAAACGAUCUCUGAACCUGGCGCAUUUCCAUAACCUUGAGGCUUACUUGCACGGCGUUGCGGGGACGCAGCAGGAUCACGGGGAGUUCAAGCUGGAGAUUAACCGGGAUAUUGCGUUGGUUAAUAAAGGUUUAGAUGCUCUUGAUGAUAAGUACUUGGUGCCUUCGUAUUGGUGGGUUCUUGAGAACAAAGGGAUGGUUCAAAGAGAUGACGGGACGUGGAUUCUCAAUGGCGACGUGGAAAAGAAUGUUAAAGAAGAAGACGAAGAAUGUGAAUUACCAUGA